UAAACUACUGUAAGAUAUUAUGGGAUGUCAUCUGCAAUCAAAAUCAAAAAGCGCUUCAGUCUUUCUAUGUAUGAAGAAAACCUCAUACACAGAGUCUGGAGAUCAGAGUGGGCGUGUUUAAUGAAACUGAAAGCGGAAGUGAACUCUUUCUGGUAAAGUCCAGUGCUGAGCAGUGAUUUACUGCAGUGCGGGUGGAUAAUCUUCUGCACUCAAGGGCAUUUCUGCUGCUGCACAGGGCUAACCAGUAUGGGAGGAGGUCCAUCUGUUGGAGUCCAAACAUUUGACAAUAAAACUCGAUACAAAUGGACUGUUUGCAUUGGGGGAUUCAUUUUCCCUGAUAGCUUCACCCAAUUCACAGUGGAACCUAACGGAAAGCAGACAUAUAAAUAUCCAUAUCCUCAUCCAAGUGGCAUUAUACCUCCUUUUGUUUAUUUGUAUUCAAAUACACUCUUCAUCAAGGUGAAGUAUGGAGAGUGUUCAGACUGCUUCAGUGAUCCACAUUUGUGGUACAAUAUUAAAACAAAGGAUGAUGCAUAUUUUACAAUUCGAGAGAGUGGAGACCGCCGUAAAAUACAUCUGGACUGCAAUAUACAUUAUGAAGAGAAAAAGUCAACAUGCCCAAAUUACGUUGUUGUGAGUAAAAGGGGGGGAAAUUCUCACAAGGAAAAAAUGAAGAGGAUGCACGGGAGGAAGAAGAGAAUCGUAGACGAGAAGAGCAGCGGCGUCAGGCCCAGCGUGAACAUGAAAGAAGAAUUGAGGAACAGAUUCAAAGGGAAAGUGAACUCGCUGCUAAGAAACUUUCACAAGCCACAGAGACACUGAAGCAGAACCAGAGGCUGAGAGGCCAUGAGACCCAUCACCAAACUCACAUCAUGCAGCAGACAGUAAACACUGACAUUGAAAGAGACGAGGUUCCUGAAAUCGAGAGGAAAUUCACAGAACUGUUGCUGGAGUAUGAAAUUGUUGAGGAUGAAGAUUCAGAGGAGACUUUAGCAGACAGAAUGAAAACUCUGCAAAAUGAGUUGAUGGUGAAGUUCUGUAAGAAACACAACCUGUCCAGUAGCUGUGUGUUUUCUUUUGAUGAUGCAGUUGGUUAUGAGACUCUGCCUCUACAUGAUAGACUGACAGUACUUGAGGCUGUGAUGCGUUUAGUUUUUGAGGAGAAUGAGGACGUCCUCACACAUAAACAUGAAAGAGACUUCCUCCUGGAUCUGCUUGAACUUCUGCAAGAUGAUCAUCCAUCACUGGCCUUCAAUCUUUUACAGAGCGUUCUUCAAACUGAUAUGCAGCUGUCUACACAGAGUAAAGAAAUUCUGUGUCAGAUCACAUUCAACAAGACAUGGAAGCUGUCAGAAAUAACAGGUUUCCUGCGUUCCAUUUCUGAUAAAGACGAAGAACAAGUGCAGUCAAUCCUUCACAUUGCACAGACCUACAAGCUGGAGUAUGGAAAUGUCUUUCGUGCAUUACAGUCACAUGAUCCCCUGAGAUGGAUAAAACACCAUGUUGGUGGAGAGAGACAGAAAAAUGCAGAUACUAUUAUUAGUGAAAUGCAAUGCAAACUACCCUGAGAACGUCCUGACAAUACUAACUGAUGUUCUUCAGGAUCUGGAAAUGGAGCUUCUAGAAUACAGAAGAGCUGAUCUCCGUGAAAACCAAAUUCAGGAUAUAAAGAAAAUGAUUAUAGAACUGGACUUCAACAACCCUGACAGACAAGUUCUCAAACGUGUCCUAGUGGGAAUGUCAGUUGCAGUAAAACGAUGUUCUACUGUCACUAUUCACAAAGGUCCAACACAAAGUGUCAUUGAAGGUUAUCUUCCAAGAUUAACUCAACUUGCAUCCUUGGUCGUCUUCCUGCUUCCAAAAUCCAGAAGCAAUACAGGUUGCCUGCUUGAGAUUGGGACAGGUGAAGGGAAAUCUUGUAUCUUAGCCAUGCUUGCUACAAUCCAUGCUAUUCGUGGUGUAAAGGUGGACAUUGUCACCAGCUCCCCGGUUCUUGCCCGUCGUGAUUUAGAAGAAUGGAGUGAACUGUACAAGAUGUUUGGUAUAACAUCAUCUGCCGUUCCUCCAAUGAUGAAUGAUGUCUCAUCUGAAAAACAAGAUGAAAUGACUCAGGAAGCGUACAAACAACAAAUCAUUUACAGCACUGUUGGGACUUUUGCAGCAGAUACACUGAAGCAAGAGUUUGAGAAGAAAACUACUCGAGGAGACAGAAGGUUUGAGCUGGUGAUUGUGGAUGAGGUUGACUACAUGACCUUGGAUAAUGGAGUUCAAAUAACAUUUCUGUCCCAUGAGUGCAGUGGCCUUCAGCAUUUAGAGCAAGUCCUUGCAGGCAUCUGGGCCAUGAUAUCUGCAUGUCGACCAGUUGAGAUAGAAGAAACUGGAGAGACCAUGUGGACAACAAGAAUCCAGAAUUUUCACACGGCUGCUUUGAUAGCAAUGAUUGGUGCAGAACAAAGUGAUGGAUUUUCACCAUUAGAAAUUCUGUUGCCAGGUAUUGAGUUAGGAUUUUACUCCGAGGAAGAUUUUGAAAAUUUGAAGGUUUCUAUUAAUGCUGAAGGAGAAGCCGAGCACGGAACUAUUGAAAAUGAAGCAUUAAAGACCAUCAUGGCCAAAACUGGAAUAGAACAACAGUAUGACCUGCUGAGUGUUCUUGAGAUGGGGAUGGAGCACAAGGUGGCAUUUAACUGUUAUAUUUAUCAGUCAGAAACUGGAAAAGCCGUUCAGUUUGGAGAGCAAAAGGCAAAAACUGACCAAAACAUCAACAUGCUGCUACUCCAGAAUGGAAAAACUUGUGAGAUCUUAUCUGAAGAAAUGCUUGUUGAAGCCACCAUUAGCCAGAUCAAAUCCAAGAUUAAAUAUUCUAAACAAUGCAGUUUAAAGAUGGAAAAGGGUACACUUGUAAUUCCUUCUUUUUUAGAGAAAUACCUGGAAAAUCAGCUGCCACUGUUUGUUGAAAAUGCACUGAAGGCCAUUCAGAUGACCAAAGGCAGAGAGUACAUGAUUGAGAGAUCUCUUAGUGCUCAGGGAGUAGAUGUUAGAGAGGAUGAACAACACAUGUACCAUGGGAUAAUUCCAGUGGACUUUCAGGCCAGUGGAAUGUUGGAGAAAAGAAAACGAUGGGGUGAUGGACUACAACAGUUCCUGGAGAUGAAGCAUCAGUUAACGUUAUCACCAUUAUCAAAUGUUACAAACUACAUGUCAAAUUCAUAUUUCUUUAAAAGAUAUCUGAGUGGAAAAGGAAUAUUUGGUGUUUCUGGAACCCUGGGUGGAGAUGCAGACAAGGGAUUCCUGGCAAGACAUUACAAAACAGAGAGCUACAUCAUACCGGCUCAUCAGCGUCAAAAGGUUACUGAGCUUCCUGCAGUCCAGGUGAGGGGAGGUACUGAACAAUGGAUCCAAACUCUUUGUGUAACCGUGUCCAAAGUGUCUGACAGAGGACAGGUGGUGUUAGUGGUGUGUGAGGACGUCAACACAGCAAAUGAUCUCAAAGAAAAAAUAACAGCAGAAACCAAACAUUCAGUUACAAUGUACACAAUGAGCGAGAGCCACAACAUUGAGAACCAGAAGUUCAACAAGGGACAGAUCAUCAUUACCACUAACCUUGGAGGACGUGGAACAGACAUUAAGGUUACAGAGGAGGUUGAUCGCUGUGGUGGUCUGUUUGUGUUACUCACGUAUUUCCCCAAUAACCGAAGAGUCGAGAAACAGGUCUUUGGACGAACAGGUCGAAAAGGAACACCAGGAAUGGUCCAGUUAAUCCUGAACCAGGAUCGUCUAGCCAUGGCCUACAGAGGCCAUUCUAUUGAAUCCAUGAGGGAACUCCGAGAAGAGUAUGAGGUUAAUCGAAUAAAAGACAUGGAGAAGGAGAAACUAGCUGAAAUUGAAAUGAAGGAAAAGCUGUUCUCCACAUUUUGUCAGUUUCUUUGUGACUUUGACCAGCAUUAUAGUACAGAAGAGAAGACUGAUCUCUUUGAAGUGAAAGUAAAAGAUGUCCCUCGUUACUUUGAGUCCUUUAACAAUAAGAUGGACUAUCACCCAGCAUUGAAUGCUUUGAAGGAAUCAUGGGGUAUGUGGCUGAUACUUCACACAGAGCAGAUUAACAUUGAGAAUGACCUCAAUAAAUUAAACAAAAACCUCCUCCAGCACUUGCAGGAUACAAGCAACAAACUUUUACAAGGUCAGAGUGAAAACUUUUAUGAUCAUGUUCAGGUGGCUUUAGGAAGAACUGCCUUGCACUUUCUAAACAAAAACAAGAAUGACUAUGGAGCAAAAGGUUACUGGGAAAAAGCCUCUGAUUCAGACACCUACUACAGAGCUGCUGCACUGUACAACCAGGCCUACAUCACCAUCAACCUGGCCAAGGACGGCUACAAAAAUGAGGCCCGUUCCUUACUAGAGCAGGCAGAGGAAGCCAUAGAUGUUUACGUAUCAGAAACAAGUAACAUACUGAGCUUCUGUUCUUUGUCUGUUACUCGAGAUUUUGAUCCACACCACAGUGGCAGCUGUAACUUCCAUUUACAAAUGCAGGCAAGGAUGAACAUAUUAAACUCAUGGAAGCAAAACAUCACAAAAAUACUUGACAUGCUUAAAUCAGACAAAGGAGAAUUCAAAACUGUAGAUUUGACUCUUUACAGCUUAUCAACUGAGGAGGAUUUUGUGUCUUCCAGUGAACUUAAUGUCUUUCGUAAUUAUGGCCUUGCACUUGUGUUUGAAGUGAAGAAAAAGCCCCAGUUCUCAUUUGAUGCUCUGAUUUGUUGUUUUCUGGGUUUGGCUCAGGUUGUAGCAGGAGUUUUGGUAUGCGCCCUGUCAGCUGGUUCCCUGUCCUCAUUUGGUCUUGGUUUGAUUUCUGAAGGUGUGUCUGACAUGAUCAGUGGAGUCAUGGGUAUGAUUAAUGGCACAUUUGACUGGGCAUCAUGGGCAAUAUCUAAAGCAAUCAGUUUAGGAAUGUCUUUGGUCUGUGGGGGCUUCAGUGUUCUUAAAAGAUCAUUCUCUUCUGUGAAAAAUGCUGUGACUAGUAUCUACAAUGGCACCAAAUCCCUAAAAAGUGUUGCAUUUACCGCCAUCAGAUCAGGGAAAAAAUUUUAAUUUCAACAUAUAAAUCAGUCAAAUCCUCUGUAUCAUCAAUAAGUGUGAACAUCACAAUGAAUGCAGGCAAACUGAAUUUAAAAUAUGCAGGCAAGUAUGCGGUUCAGGAAUUAGCGAUUCAGGGGGUAAACACUGCUGUGAGCACAGGCAUUGAUGCUGGUCUUCAAAAGAUAUUCCAAAAAGUAUUUCAACAAACGUUCAAAGACUCCAUAUGUUCAGCAUUAAAACAGAAUAAACAGUUUAAUCAAGUGCUCACAGAUUUUGUUAGUUCAGGAAUUCCAAAAUCCGCCUUGGAGAAAGAAUGCGGUUCUUACAAAAUCAGCAAAACCCUGGAGAAGGAAAUGAAAGAUCACAUGAUUCUCAACACAAAUCAUAUUAUGAGUUGUCUCAUAAAAAACUGUGCAGAAAUCCACAAGGUGAUUAACACACUUUCACAGGUGUGGGACAAAUCUGCAGAGAUUGUUGCACACCGCUCUCAUGCCUGGGUCAAGUGUGGUCUGACUGCAGCUGGCAUCUCCACCACCAUUUAUGAAAUGUUUUCCUCCUUUCCUACUAAAGAAACUAUUGACAGUAAAUUUGUUCCUGCAUUUUUGAGGUCCAUGAACGAAAAUCCAUCACUUGGCAAAUAUGACAAUGAUGGACGGGACAAACUGGAAGAUGUGAAUCGUCUUAAAGAUGAACUCAUUGAAUUAGUUUCAGAUGUUCUUUCCCAGUUCAUGGUGGAGAGUUUUUCUGGGUUUUCCUCAUCCUUGUUAACAAAAACAUUCACUCACAAACUAAACUCAGUUACUGGAAAAGUAGUUGGUAAUAUGCUGGGAAGACAUGAAACUCAAAGUUUCUUUGAUAAUCAGCAGCAUCAUUAUGAUCUAAAAUCAGCCUCUAAAUGUAAGGAAAAGCCUUUGUCUGAGGAGCAACUAAAUGAGCUGAAGAUCUACGCUAACAAUGUAACUGAUGAGGAAAAGCCAGCAACAGCUUUAGAAGUUCAUGUUCUCACCAAGAGUGACUUACUAAAAGGAAAGGAAUCUGUAUAACAGUAGUAGAUGAUCAAGGAAAACUUCUCACAGAGGAGACUUACACAGGAACAGACCCAACAGCUGGUACUAUCAACCUUGUUCUAACUAAAACAUCUCUGACUUCUCCAGGAGAAACUGGAAUAUUCAAUAAACUGAAAGACAGGAUGAUGGGUAAAGACACUGCACAGAGUGGCCACAUUGAUAUUAUACACCCUGAUGGUUCUCGGGAAACCGUGAACUCCUCAAACCAGAACUGUCUUUUUCAUGCUGUCAUUCAAGCCACAGCUCAUGUCCCAAAAGAUGAUAUUGAACAAAAAGCUGUAGAACUUCGUAGGAAAGUCAGUGAGGAGAUUCUAUCAAAACCACAAAAGUACACCAAGGCUGUGAGGAUCCAGAACAUGUUCAAUCAGACAAACAGCUCCAGUAAAUUUCGAAUUGAAGCAGGAGCUAAUAAACAGCAAAUAGAACAAUUUGAGGAAUAUGUCAGGGGCAAGACCGAAGAACAGGUGGUUAUUGAUUACAAAUUGGGAGAAGCUGGAACCUACAAAGGCCUUUUAAACAUGGAAAAGCCCACCCCAGGAGUGGUGGAGGCAGACCACAUUCCACCGAAGACUAGUGUAUAUAAACUCUAUGAGGAGCUGAGAAACAAUGCAGAUCUGAGAAACACAUUUCAAGAAAAAAAUAAGACACUCUAUAAUUUAGUGAUGAACAUGAAAAAUGACAAGAUGGGAAAAGAGCUGAUUUGCAUGAAUGCACUGCACUGGGACCAUCGACGUGCCCUGACCACCGGGAGCAGUUAUGAAUCCAAUAAAUGCAGGGAUUUGCUGACACAGACCUUGGCAAGUGGGGACAUGGAGAAAGUGUUGAAGCUGUCAUUUAUAGUGGCAUAUCCAGGAAGCUCAGACAGGCUUCGGAGAGAAAAGGAUAACCAAAGGAUUCCUGCACUUACAACAAUUUUAAUGGACAAAUACUACAAUUCAGGAUUUAAAAAUGUUAUAAAUAAAUAUGCUGAGAAGAGGCUGAUCAACAAUUCUGAGAGGAUAAUGUCAUGAUGUGGGUGAACAACAGCUCCUAUUUGAAUACUAAUACAGAGGAGUAUCAGCAAAUUCAAAAUGCCAUAAGAAAGAACAUAUAAAGAAGGUAAUUUAUUACAACACUUGCAUUAUUUAUUUAUGCGAAUGAGGCUCCAUCUAAUUAAAUAUGCAUACGUUCACAUACCUAGUAAACCCAAAAUCAGAUUAGAAUCACAAUAAAAUCACAGUGGAGAGAAUUUUUUGUGUAUAAUUGAAUAUUAUUUAUAUUGUUGUGUAUUUGAUAAAAAAUUCUGUACACAUUUAAUUAUCCACAAUAAGAUAUUUUGAAUUGGACUUUUAUUUUUCUUUAUCUGUGAUUAAUAUGCAUUUGUUACUGCAAUUCAUGAAUUAAUUCAUUAAUCUUUUGGAAAGUCUAUCAUAGAGGAGUUUUUACUUUUUCAUGACAUUUGUCAGAUGCUCAUAUAAUUAAAACAUUUACAUUUACACAGCUGACCAGUUAAGAGUUAAUGUUUAAGGUAUAUAUAUAUAUAUUUGGGUUAUUAAGUAUAUAACAGUUUAGUGCAUUUUUCUUUUUUUUUUACAUCUCUGCACAAAAUUUUGAAUAAAAUGUGGGAUGAUGAAUGUAUAAAUAUUUAGUGUAUAACAGCAUGAAAUAUAUUUGUUGUGUGUGUGUGUGUGUGUGUGUGCAUCUGUACACCUCUAUAAUAAAUAACUAUCAUUGAAGUUGGAAAUUUUUCUGCA